UCACCCAAAAAAAAUGUUCCACUUCUGAAGUCGGAAUCAUUCGAAACGAAAAAUACACAGUACACAUUAUAAUAAAAUACUGAUUUCGAAAUAAGUAUCGCCUUCGUUUAACUAAAUGGAAAAAUUACUUCCCGCAUUUGUUCAAGUGUUUGUUAAUAUUGUUCCCAAGUAUUAAAUCAUCAAAAUAUCGCAAAAUUUUGCCAACAAAAGGAGUGAUUAGAUUACAGUGUUAUUCUCUAUAACUCGAACGAUCAUUAAAUGUCAUUGAAAAAAACCAAUCGUCCAUUUCAUACAUGUGCAUCAAAGUAAUUGAAAUAAUUGUGCUUUUGUGAUCAACAGCCUUCUUUCUAUGUGAUAGUUUAAAUGUUACAAUAAGUGAUAAGUUCGGUCAAGUUUUCCAUUGUGUCUUGGGAGGUCGGCGAACAUCUCUACCGUUCUUGAUCACCUGUUUUUGCACUCAACGGAUUUCCUAAUCAUAUCAAUGAUCUAAAGAUUUUAUUGUACCCCUUGAGGGAUCAGCUAUGGUGGACUACUACAGAAUACUGGGUGUAUCUCGGACUGCAACUGAUGCGGAAAUUAAAAAAGCUUACAGAAAAUUAGCACUAAAAUGGCACCCUGAUAAAAAUCCAGAUAAUGCUGAUGAAUCUAAUAGGCGAUUUAAAGAGAUAUCUGAAGCUUACGAAGUCCUUUCAGAUGAAAACAAGCGGAAAUUAUAUGAUGCUCGGGGCUCCAGCCACCACAGUCACAGAUAUUCAAGCAAGAACGGAGUUAAUGGCCACCGACACUUUAGCUUCAAAGGUUUUUUUGGAGAGACACCAUUCCACCGUUUUUUUGAAAGAAAACGCCGCGUGUACGAUCAGUAUGGUAAAGAAGGGCUGAACAACAGCAGGGGACGGCACUCGGCGUCCGACGAGGACUAUGACUUCGGCUAUCACAGCUUCCCCUUCAAGUUCCGGGACCCGGAGGAGGUGUUCAGAGAGUUCUUUGGCGGCUGCCCAUUCGGAGAGAUAUUUGGUGACAUGAACGGGCACAGCGGGCGCGGGCGGCGCAGCCACCCCAGCACGUCGCUCACGUCGUCGCUGUUCAGUCCGUUCGGCUUCGGCAUGCAAGGGCUGGACGACAUCUUCGCGCACGCCGCCACCAACGGCAACACCUUCACGUCCUUCUCCACCUUCAACAGCUCCAUGGCGGGCCCGGGCAGCGCCAAUAUGCGCAGCACCACCACCACCACGAGGGUCGUCAACGGCAAGAAGAUCACUACUAAAAAGGUCAUGGAGAACGGUCGCGAGACGGUGAUGUCCUAUGAAAAUGGCGUUCUCAAAUCAAAGACUGUUAACGGCGUACCUCAAUCACUAACAUACAGCUAAAUGAACAAUCCGUAACCAAACACGAUCCAAAUGACAACUUAAUCAAUAUCAUAUAAUGCGAGUAACAUGUUCCAACUUAUAAUAUUAUAAUUUUGCUUAUUUUUAAUUAUUUGUAGUCACUGGCACUGUAAAUUUUGCGGUGAAAUUUUUAAACAACACUUAAUUUAGGUUUUAAGUCUCGCUUUUUAUUGAUCAUUAUGAUUGAAAGUGAGUAAGUUGCAAGUUGUUUGUAAUAUAAUUACUUUUUUUAAAUAAUUCGCUCAUCAGGACGAUUGCCCGAUCCUUGAUCUCAACUUCUCGAAAGAGCAUUGAGACAGUGUUGGUUCUGAUGCUCUUACUUUACAGUCAACUGUAGGUUAUUGUCGAAUUGCUGGUCAGUUUAUAAUAUGUAUGAACGCCAUUUUGAGAGUACAUUAAAACAAAACACCUACUCUUUGUGGCUCUAAAUUUAUUUUUCGUUGAUUUUAAAGUAGUUUAGUGGUUUGGUUUCUUUUUCAUUUUAUUAAAAUUGACUGCCACGUCAGAUCAGUGCGCAAACGGGACGAUAAAUGUGAAGUCAUUGAUGCUUCGUUGCUUCAUAUUUGAUAUGAAUGUUAGAUAAUUUUUUACAAUGAUGCCAAAAACAGGUAUGAAGGGAUAUUUAGUUACAAUUGUGUCGUUAACGACUUAAAACAAUUACAAUAUGUAAGAAGUGAACUGCUCAGGGACCCUGGUUCCGGACUACCUACAGUCAGGUUAGUCAUAGCUUUUAGUCGAUUAUCACAAUGAUUCUUUACUCUUUAGUACGUAAUGUUAGUGUAAAAUGUGUUUAUAUCAUUUGAUAAAUUUUAAAGUUUCUUGUUCAAAAUUUUACACACAGGUGUUAUCGUUUAACGGCAUUUAUUGUAUAGCGUUGCAAACAGAACACCAUUGCACUUUAUGGACCAAGAUCCCAUGAUCACCAGCAUAUAGUAGCGUUAAUUGUGAUAAUUUGACUUACAUUCGUUCAUAGACAAUACACAGUCAGUGUGAAUGUGUUACAGUCAGUGUGAAUGUGUUAAAGGGCCAUUUAAAAGUAAUCUUUAUAUGUUUGUUAUUGUCUGGAGAAGGUUCUUAAGACAGAAAUGGUGAGGGUAGGGGGGUAGGAUAGGAUAGAGGUAGUUGAAAGUUUACAUCGAGUUUAACGCGGGCGAAGUUGCGGGCGUCCGCUAGUUAAAAUAUACGUUUUCAACAGAACCUGUAGGUAUCAAAUUAUUUUAACUCACAUUUGGAAAAAAUAUACAAAUGACAAUAAAGCUCGUGUCUGCAGCUGAGAUCAUACUUCUUCUCCGGGUCCUUAGUUGAGGAGGAUAAUGCUGUUGCUUGCUUGGCAAGUUCGUGGAUGUCACUCCCAUGAUAUGCGGGCGACGAGGGGAAAGACUGCGCGGGUGUGAAAUAGAGCGAAUUUGCCAAUCAAAAAGUAGCAGCUUUUUAAAAUUAUAAAAUUUUACAUUUUAUAAUGGAAUUUCAUUGGAAGCUAUAAUAUAAUAUGCAUGGUGGUCAUGGGAUCUACCUCUAUUAACACUAAUGGUAAUGUGGUCUACAUUUUUGAUGUUAUUUAUAACUUAUGGUUGUAUGUUGUAUAUAUAUAUUAUACUCUUGAGUUCUCUACGUGGUCAGUCUGAGGUUGGUAAAGAAUUUUUUUUUCUUAAGUCAUCAGGUAAUUAUGUCAAGAUCAAAACAAAUGAUACUCAUAUUGCCACACUGUAAGUAGGUUGGUUGAAUAACAAUGUACAUUGUUUCAUGUAUUAUUUGUCUUUUCAACACAGAUUAGCUGAGAAAUCGUUAGUUUAGAUAUUUUGCUUAAUUCAGAGGUCACACCAUCAUUACCAUAAUAAGUAUAAAUUAGUUUUAUAUUGAUCGAAUAAAUCAAUCGAUGACAGACGAAAGUUUGCAGCACAGUCGCAAUGUUGCUUGUCUAUAUUUGGGGUCCUGAACUCUCUUCUAUUUACUAUUCUCGGCUAUCUUGUUCCUACUUACCCUUUGUAGAACAAUAACAAGACCCUGGGACGUUUGCAUCUGUUUCUAAUUCGUGAAUAGUGUGGAAUGCUGGCAAUGCCCUUCAGACGUCUGUUUUUACUAUCACCUAAUUUGAGAGCCUUCAAGGCAAGUGGCAAUAGGCGUCUUUUAGGCAGGCGCGCAAUUCAAUUAAUAUUCCAUAACAUCCAACUAAUAUAAAUGAUUAAAUGAUAAUACAAAGAUGGGGAGAACUAUUUAGAUACAGUUGUUAAACUAAAUAAUAUGUUCUAAUUAAAAAGUCCUGUUGAAUGUAAUCAACUGCUUUAAAAGCUAAACCAUAUCAACCUAAUUUCACAAUUGAUAUUCAUUUUUUUUUUUAAAAACUUUUGCAUGUUAGUUGUUUGUGAAUAAAAUUGUUUGCAUAAAUUAAUCAGAAAGGGUUAUCAACCUCAUAAAAUAACCAAUAGCAAUAGAUGGUUGGAAAUAUUCUAGAGAUACCAUAAAUUAAGCCAAUAUUUAAUGCGCUUGAAUGUAGUUUUAAUGACAGAAAAUUAUCUAUAAAUGUAUGUACAAACAAAUCUAUAUUAAAUGAUUAUGGUAUAGUCAAUUUAUUUCGGGAAGUAGUUUGCUAUCGAUGUAGUGGUAAGAUGACCGGUCAAGCGCGUUUGUGUAGAAACUAGGGCCGUUAUCAUUGCAGACACACAACACACAGUUUUACAUACCAACAGGCUUGUCAAACCCCUGUCUGUAAACCUUAACCUUGUCACUACAUACCCGAAUUAGUUAACUACACCACAGGAUGACCAUGUAAAAACUCAUCUGUAUAUUAAUAUAAUUAUUAUAAUCGUUUUCUUGCUUAAACAAUACUUUCCAGAAUUGUACAAUAAACAAUUAGUAUUAGUCUGUUGCAAGUCUGUAUGAUGGUCAAUGGUCAUAUACAUGAUGUAGAUAUACAGAGCAACAAAUCUAAAAUAUAUGAUGAUUAUAAUUGUCAAAUACUAGGUAUCAAUAAUUAUAUUUUGCUAUGCUAAUUUAGUAGGUACUUAAUAUUUCUAAUUUAUGUUGCAAGAAUUUUACUCCUUUUUUAUUUAAAAUUAACUGUGAAAGCUUACUUUACUUACGUUCAUUUAGGUUUUAGAUCUGUACGUAACAGGAGUUCUUGCUAUUUACACGAGUGCCAUUGCUAUCCUAGAUUCUUCUAUUUGAGCUCGAUUUCUUGACAUCUUUGAUUUUCAAAAUAAUUGUAAAUAGAUUUAAUACUUAAUAUUAAAUUGUUUUCAAUAUUUUGUGUUCUGCAAAAUUAUUGUCAGCAAGUAAUGAGCACUGCGAGAUAAAUAAAGAAACUUAAUUGUAA